ACUGUGGUCUCAUCUCCAACCAACCAUUGAUAACGAAGGAGACGGUGGCAUAGAAUGUGGUGUCACUUUCACCAAGUUAUUAAGAGCAUGAAUAAAAAUCAACCGCAGCGCCAAAACAGCCUCUACUAAUCAACCUAUUUUGUGACUGGAUCAAUUUGAAACAUGCAGUAGUUGGGACCUCAUUGAUUUGAACAUCUAGUGUAAUUUUUGUUCCUAUCUACACAUAUGUUGGGCUUUUCAUGCCUUGACGGUCGGGCAGUUGGUUGAAUGAGAGGGGGGAUGGCAUACAGCGAAGCACAGGGGGAGUCUAACCUGGCUCGCUACAACGCGUGUUGGCAGCAUGGGGAACGCACUAGGGUGACCCGCCUAGCUGCACCCCAACCUAAAACAUCUUAAGGUGCUUUUAGAUUCGGUGCAGCAGACAACGACCCCCUCAACACCUACAUGGUAACUGAGGUACGGAAUAGUUUGUGGCUGUAGUGUUUUUAAUUUCUGAAUAUGGAUUUCUGUCAUAUCAGACUUCAGCGGGCUCAGUCGGACGCAGUGUGUUCCUAUUGUUUUGGGCAGCCGUUGUUGGCUGUCACCACGGCUCUGUCAGACUAUCCCUCUGUGGCCCCGUUAGUUUGGGUCUCACUCCAGCAGCGGGGGAUUAACUGUUGUCCAAUCAUCGGUUCAGAUCACACUCCCAGGGUCAGACCUACAAACCAUCCGCAUAUGCAGUAGUAUUGACAUCCACUUUAAAAGCUCUCUGCAAGUAAGUAUCAGUCUGGCUCUUCCAUCGGUGUAUGUCUCUUUGUUGCCUGUCUGUGUCUCUUCUUGUCCGUCUGUCUGCUGUCGUUGUCUGUUGGUCAUCUCUUUCUCCUGCAAAAAUCCAUAGGUGCAUGGAGAAAGAGAAUAUCAUUGAGAGAUUGAGUGCAAUGCAUUGGCGCGAUCUGAAGAUGGUCAUUGUAGAAGCUGUUGUCAAUGCAUGAAUGUGUUGAUACUUGAUAGGAAAGAAGCAACAUUAAUGACAUUCCUAAACAUUACCUGCUAAAUUAUGAUUGGUUAUUAUGACUGCACCAUGUAUCUAUUCAUAUAAGCCAUAUUGAACUUCCACGGAUCCCCACAAGUUAAACGUGUGUUGGGACUCCUACAUAGCAGGUCAUCUGUUCAGUGGGAACAUCGGGUCUGGAGUAGAGAAAAAAACAUUCAAUCAUUAGCUAGAGGGCAGAUGCUUCAUCCCAGUAACCACCACUUCCUGGGCUUCAUUCCCAGCAGCACACUAACAUCUCAGAUGGAGAUCAACAUUAACCAACAUGGGAUCAGGGUUUAAAUUACGCUGUGGUAGUUGCUUCGUAUGCCAGUCGAGGCAGCAGCACUUUCUUUAAAUUAAUCAUUCAUGAUGUCUUGUUACUGUAUUAAAAUAUUGUACAACGUUUGCAUGUGCUAUGCACGUGAAUGGUGGAUGGGGGGGUCUAUAAUGAAAGAGCUAUAAGGAUCCCAGCUUGGUGAUGAAGUACCAGGCCGAGCUGAGAACAGGCUGCACUCAGCUUUGCUCGCUGCGUGAUGCACGCGCUGAAGCCAAGCGAGGAUCGCCUCUACAACGCAUGACAGCAGAUGGAUGACGUCAAGGAAAUCCCCCUGUCCCUCUCCUAACUCUCGCUCUCUUUCGCUCUUCCUCCCCCCCAGCCGAUAUUUAUAAAUCCCACCAGGAUGGACACAUUAGAGCCUAAACGGACUGGACAGGUGACAGGACAUCCACGGCGUAGUUUGUCAACUUCAUUACCGAGCACACUUAGCUUGUGCAGAUUUGUCCUGUCUUAAAACCAGCUUUAAUGAUUUGGUAUUGGUAGAAACCUAACCUAACCGUAUCAAUACAUUUUUUUUCAUAAUAAUAUCGUUCUAUUUCAUCAGGAAGAACAAUACUUUUUUGCGCAAAGGUUGAUCUAAUCGAAGCCAAAUCGGCACCGGGCAUUGUAUUUCUUUUAGGGUGUUGAGGACAGAAAUUGAAAGAAAUCGAUCCAACAUGUUCUCGAGUAUGCGUCGACACAGCCUCCGGCUGCAGCACGAGCUCCACCGGUGGAGCAUCUGCGACCCGGGGAACCUCAUCGUCCCGGACCGCUUGGUCGGCCGCGUCGGCCGCUCCAAGUCCUGCAUCAGCUACACCGGGGAGUCCCACGGGAGUCAGGAAAGCUGGUCUUCCUCUGACUCGGUCAUCUCCACUGAUUCAACCGGCGAGACGCUAGGACCCGGGAAGCCUCUCCGUGUGCUCCUGUUGGGGGGCAGCGACGUCGGUAAGACGGCUUUCGCCAGCAUCUUCGCCGGUGCGGCGGACAGCAUGGAGAGUGAUGACUGCCAGAUGUAUGGAGAUGAAGUGUGUGAACGAACUAUCGAAGUGGACGGAGAGGAAGCGACCAUAACUCUAUUGGACACCUGGACUACAGAGGAGGACGGAAGGUGCAUGGCCGAGGACCAGUGCAUGCAGACGGGCGAUGCCUACCUGUUGCUGUACUCCAUCACGGACCGCGCCUCCUUCCUGCGGGCCUCCGAGCUGCGCAUCACCCUGCGCUGCCACUGGCCCGCCCGCCACACGCCCAUCAUCCUGGUGGGGAACAAGUGUGACCUGGUGCGCUGCCGCGAAGUGUCCGUCAGCGAGGGCCUGGCCUGCGCCGCCGUGUUCGACUGCAAGUUCAUUGAGACGUCGGCCGCUAUGCAGCACAACGUGUGGGAGGCCUUCCGCGGGAUUGUGCGCCAGCUGCGUCUGCGGCGGGACAGCAAAGAAGCCAACGAGCGCCGCCGCAACUCCAGCUACCAGCGGCGAGAGAGCCUGCCCGUCAAGGCCAAGCGCUUCCUGGACAAGAUGGUGGCCAAGAACAACGCCAAUGUGGCGUUCCGACUGAAGUCCAAGUCCUGCCACGACCUCUCUGUGUUCUGAGGAUGGCGGAGGUCUACGUGUUCACGCUGAGGUCUGCGGCCCCCGGGCCGGGAAAUCAAAGAGAGGAAGAGGAGGGUCUUCAGGAGGGGUGUAGAUGCUGGACCUAUCCUGGUAUGGUAUUUCCUUUCUCUUGGCUAGAACCCGCCUUGAAACGCUCAUUAUAGUCCAUAUACCAACGCGGAGCAGGGUCCCGUCCCGUAGCACAGUCUGAAUCAGAGAGGUUUGUAGAAGUUGAAGAACAGAUUGGCCAGACUCUGUGAUGGACUGGGGGAGAUGCCAAUAAACAACGUCCUCUCUGUGAUGGACAGGAGGGGCAGCCAAUGGACAACGUCCUGUCUGUGAUGGACAGGAGGGGCAGCCAAUGGACAACGUCCUGUCUGUGAUGGAUAGGAGGGGCAGCCAAUGGACGACGUCCUCUCUGUGAUGCACAGGAGUGGCAGUUAAUGGACAAUGUCCUCGCUGUGAUGGACAGGAUUGGCAGCCAAUGGACAACGGCCUCUCUGUGAUGGACAGGAGUUGCAGCCAAUGAACAACGUCCUCUCUGUGAUGGAUAGGAGUGGCAGCCAAUGGACAACGUCCUCUCUGUGAUGGACUGAAAAGGCAGCCAAUGGAAAAUGUCCUCUGUUUGCAUUGACUUGUGUCUGUGUGGCCGACUCUGCUGGUUCUCUUGAAGUUUCCACCGUCACUUUGAGUCAUUUAUUAUUUCUGUCCUUAUUGCACAUUUUUACUACUUGCCAUGUUUGUAUAUUUUGUGCCAGGCUUCAAAACGUGAAAGUUUAGCAUAUUUUUAAUGUUUUUGUACAAUAAUUGUUGUACACAUACAGUAAUAUUGCCAACAUUUCCCAUGCAUGUUGUUGGUUUACUUUGGUACUCGGACAACACUGUAACUUAUCAACAUUGAUUGAAACGGGUCAUUUUUGUUUACACGUUCUUUCUGACCAAAAUACUGUCAUUGAGGAAUAAAGAUACUCUUAAUCAA